CUGAAGUAUCAGGGAUGUUUUAAACUUUGUGCAUGUUCAAAUAUAUCGUCUUUUCAAUUUCAGACUUCAAACGAUCCACGAUGUAAGGACGUAACAGUGAUAGCCUUCAUUAUCUAUCCCGCAGCAGCUAACUCGUUCAAUGUGGACUCGCUUCGUGGACAAGCCGUCUGUAAGCAGCUCAAGGAUACCAUCGCGAAAAUUAAGGAGAACGUGGCAAAUCGCAUGUUUGAAGAAUCAGUUCGAGGUAAAGUACCAGAUCCGGAGGAUUUGCUGCUUUCCGCAGAGAAAGUUCAACUAAAACGCUGUAUCCUUGCGGCGAAGCGAGACAGCUUACCUCCAAUAUGUACGCAUAAUAUGCUCGACAGCGCAAACGAUCCUGUACUCCAAGCAUUGCGACGAGUACAUCUAUUCAAUCAUGAUCAUGAUCGAGUGAAGGUUGUUUUCCAUCCGGAGUUCCUUUCAUCAGUCUCGCCAUUGAUAGGCUUAGACUAUGAAGAUUUCGUCCGUGGAUGCCAUCUAGGAGUCUUCCCAAGUUAUUACGAGCCAUGGGGAUAUACGCCAGCCGAAUGCACUGUAAUGGGAGUGCCAUCAGUGACGACUAAUCUUAGUGGUUUCGGUUGUUUCAUCAAUGAACAUGUGGCUGAUGCAAAGAGUUACGGUAUACAAGUGGUCGACCGCCGCUUUAGAGGAGCCGACGAGUCUAUCAAUGAGCUUACUGAAGGUCUAUACGAGUUCACUGAAUUACUGGAUUGGAAGACGCUCUCAAUGGUCUGUUCGUAUUACCGCAUUAUUAUCACUAACCGUCAUUGUGUUACACCAUUAGAAAGUUUCGAGUUCUAUCGAGAUGCGAGGAGAAUGGCGCUGAAAAAGACGCACCCGGAUCUCGAGAUGCGUUUAUCUGAUGCAAUGGCGAUGGUUCCGCGCCCAAUAUCUGCGCCAGGUACACCAUCUGUCUCAGGUCCGACCACACCUCAUGAAUCAGACUCCGAGGAGGAUAGUGAACAGGAUGAAUAUGAAGCCCAGCAGUGGAAUGAGAGAUAA